GCACGUGUAACACUCGAUUAUUAAUUUAUUUAUAUAACAAAUAUGAUUAAAAUCGACGGAUUCUGUGAUUUAUGUGUAGAAAGUGAUGGCAUCACAAAAGAUUCCCUAAGAGUCACUUGCGAAAGAUUAUUUAACUUAGGAUAUCGUACUGUGGCUAUAAAUCAAACUAUUGAUGACACUGUUUUUGAAAGUAAAAGAAAGAAGAAAAAAGGAGAAGCUCGAGAUAAUCCAGAUGUAGUUCCAAUACCAUUAGCUUUCGAGUUUGCAGAUGAAUUCAAAAAGAGACUGCAAAUAUUGCACAGACUCACGAUCUCCUAUUCCGAUCAAUCUAAUAUACAUAAGUUGAAUCAGUCAUUAAAUUUCAAGAAAUAUCAUAUAAUAGCAGUAUUACCUAAUUCACAGUCGGCCUUUCAGCAUGCUUGUGGAGGUGCCUUCGAUUUCGACAUAAUCACCUUCAAUCCAUUACACAAAAGUCCAAUAAAAAUGAACAGAAAGCUUUACGAUGUCUUAAAGGAUCGAAAUGUUUACUUUGAAUUAAUGUACAGUCCUGCUAUUAGAGAUAGUACAUCUCGCAAAAACAUUAUACAUAUGUCACACUUAUACCAUGCUUAUGGUAAAUCAAAAAAUAUAAUUAUUAGUAGCUCAGCUGCAGAAGCAUUUCAAGUGCGAUCUCCGUAUGAUGUAAUAAAUUUAGGUUUAAUUCUUGGUCUGAGUGAAGAGCAAUGCAAAACUGCAAUAUUGAGUAAUUGCAGGAAAUUAAUUAUUAGAGCAGAAGGUAGACGGCAUGGUAAAGCAGUCAUGAUUGUGAAACAGUUGACGCAAGAAGCAUUUAUUGAUUCUGACGAAAGUGAUGAUGAUAUGGAGCAACUUUUAGAACCAGCAUUGAAGAAAACUAAGCUUUAAUUUAAGACGGAAUACUAGUACUACUUUGUUUUUAGUUGACUUAUUAAUUAAAAAU